AUGUUCAGAGGCUCAAGCCAAGCGAUGCUCAUGUCGAAGGCACAGGAUGUGAGCGGAGGAGCGGUUCUGGCCCAUUUAGCCAGACUGCGCAGUGGCAAGGUUGAAGUCCAUGUCAAAGCGAUGGGAUCGGCGCCGGCUUUGCGGCAACCACGCUUCACCAUCGAUGGAUGCAAGAAGUUCUCAAAGCUCAUCGUAUAUCUGAAAGAGGCCUUGAAGCUGGAGACCAUUUACGUCUACUGCAAUGAUGCUUUCGAACCUUCGCCCGACGAGCGCUUGUCGGACUUGCAAAAAUGCUUCGGGUCCUCUGGGAACAAGCUCAACAUCAGCUACUCAGGUGAGCAAGCAUUCAAUUAA